GGUGCAGUUGUGCAAGAGGAGCAAGGCUCUCCCAGAAGCCGGGCACUGUGUGCUCUGAAUGUUUGUUAAAGGAACGGUCUGCUUAGAUCCAGCCCCGGUUAUAAAUUUACAGGAACUGAAGGCUGUGCCAUGUAAACAGCAGCUGCUAUGAGAUGGCUCAGGAAUCACUUGCUAGACGGCUCUAUCAAAUGUAACAGAAUCGAAUCUUGGGGAGGUACAGUGAGUGGCAUGUGAAGAAAAAGAGGGAUUCUUAAUCCUGCUGUCUGGGUUGCCUCAGAGAGCAAAGAUGAAUGCUGCGGUGGAAGAGGAGGAUGGCUGCACGCUCUGACUUCUCUGGCAUGGAUCUGUAUGAGGAUUACAAAUCACCUUUUGAUUUCAAUGCUGGAGUGAACAGAAACUAUCUCUACCUGUCACCUAGCAUAAACCUUUCUCCACCGGGAUCACCUACGCUGGCCAAGUCUGGGCUGCUGAGAAGUGACUCUAUACCUGAGGCUGGAGAGGAUGCUGCUGCAACAGUUGGCAUGGCAGAAACACUCUCAGAAGAAGAGCAGGAUGAGCUAAGGAAAGAGCUCGCUAAGGUGGAAGAGGAAAUCCAGACACUCUCACAAGUGCUGGCUGCCAAAGAGAAGCACCUAGCAGAAAUCAAGAGGAAGCUGGGAAUUAACUCAUUACAGGAGCUAAGGCAGAACAUUACCAAAAGCUGGCAAGAUGUUACAGCAACCACAGCCUACAAGAAAACAUCAGAGACCCUUUCUCAGGCUGGCCAGAAGGCUUCUGCUGCUUUUUCAUCUGUCGGUUCAGUCAUAACCAAGAAGUUUGAAGAUGUCAGACUACAGGCUUUUGCACAUUCCUUUAGUAUCCGCUCCUUACAACAUUCCAUUAGCAUGCCUAUUAUGAGAAAUUCUCCUACCUUCAAAUCCUUUGAGGAAAAAGUUGAAAACUUAAAGUCUAAAGUUGGAGGAGGCAAACCUGCUGGGGGAGACUUUGGAGAAGUUCUCAACUCUGCUGCCAAUGCCAGUGCCACAGAAACAAUUGCAGAACAGACGCAGGAGGAGACCCAGUGAGAUUCCUGCCUUUCUCCUGCUACCCACUGCCAGAUGCUGCAAGCAAAAACAAAGCACAGUUGUAACGUUCCUUGCGCUCUUUCCACCAGAUGUGCUUUUACUUAGCACGUAGAUAUUUUACCAGAUUAACUGAUACCAAGCUUGUUUGUGGGUUCAAAAUAUUUUUGAAACUAAAAUAUGUAGUUUGGGGUUUUGUGUGGGAAGCAGAAUUUUUAUGCCUUUCAAGCAUUUAAAGGACUUAUCUGUAGUUUGAAGGCAACCUUUAAAAUAUAGCAAUGAAAAAGCCUCUUUUGAGAAGUUAAUUAUACUGUACAUAAACUGUGGAUACAUAAUUUCUUUGGAAUCUGUAACUUCUGCUCAACUUAAUCAUUAUGAAUCUACUGCUGCUGCCAAACUGAAGCGUGUUACUUUGCUCCCUUGUGAUUGUUUCAGUUAAGUGUUUCCUGCAAAGGACACCAGAUUACGAAAAUCACUUCAAACUCAGGAAAGGACUUCUGCUUUAGCAGGCUUUAAACAAGUUAUCCAUAGGAGGAUCACACAUGGGAAGGGACAUAACUGUCUUACGAGCAUGUUCCUCAUCCAUUUGUGGAUAGGGUAAUACAUAACAUCUAAAACUUCCUGAUUUGUCUGUGGAUUAUCCACCUAGGAAACUUCUGACCCUUGUAAACGGGAGCGAGAUGCCCAGUAGUGCUGGUUUGAGUCAGUAAAAACAACUGAAAGUGUUAUUUUAUGAACCUGAUGUUAAUGUGGUACAUUCAUCUGAACUUUUCACCUUGUGAAUAGAGUCAUCUUAACUCACAUGUGGUGGUGUCACAUCUACACUAACAACGCACGGACUGUCAUAAACCUGAGCGCAGAAGUGGUUCUUUUCCAGGCAUCAGGACAAUUGCUCUCAAAUGCUAACGUUUCCCUUGUAGGCUGACCAUCAAAAACACCUGCUACACUUCCUUACAUCAUUUUGUGUUAAAGGCCUGUGCCACUGGCACCCUUGUUCCUGUCUGAGACCCCAGAAAUCUGUUCUGAGGGGUGUACGGUGUCAUAACCCAGCAUAGCUCUCCUACAAGAUCUCUCCUCCUGCAUCUUGCUUUAUCUGACGUGUUCUUCAAGUUCCUUGUAUUUUGUCUGCUUCUGGCACAUGGUGUUGGCACGGUUAGAACUUUUGGCAAGUGUUUUAUCACCGUGCUUAGAACUGGAAAUGAGUUUUGAAACGCAGGUGUGGAAUCCCUGAAAAUUCAACUGCCACAGAAGUUUUUUUUGGGGGGAAGCUGGUUCCUUACAACCCUGUUAGCAUGUCAGAUGUAAUAUAUAUGCUGAAUUACAUGUGAGAAGCUUAAUAAAAGUCUCUAUGUGAGGAA